AUGUCUCAUCAAGGAUUUCUAGUUCUUGGAAUUAUUCUCUGCAUGAUCUCUUAUGUCUCCAGUUAUCGUUAUCGCAACAAUUGGGGUUGGACUAAUGCACACGCAACCUUCUAUGGUGGCAGUGAUGCUUCUGGCACAAUGGGUGGGGCAUGUGGAUAUGGAAACUUGUAUAGUCAAGGUUAUGGGACUAAUACAGCAGCACUUAGCACUGCAUUAUUCAACAAUGGUUUGAGUUGUGGUGCAUGCUAUCAAAUUAAAUGUGCUAAUGACCCAAAAUGGUGUCUCCAUGGCUCCAUUGUUGUUACUGCCACUAAUUUCUGUCCACCUGGUGGUUGGUGUGACCCUCCUAAUCAUCAUUUUGAUCUCUCUCAACCUGUUUUCCAACACAUUGCUCAGUAUAGAGCUGGUAUUGUUCCUGUUGUUUAUAGAAGGGUAAGUUGUAGAAGAAGAGGAGGAAUAAGGUUCACAAUUAAUGGUCAUUCUUACUUCAACUUAGUUCUGGUGACUAAUGUUGGUGGUGCUGGUGAUGUGCAUUCUUUAUCCAUCAAAGGUUCAAGGACAAGAUGGCAAGCCAUGUCAAGGAAUUGGGGACAAAAUUGGCAGAGCAACUCUUACUUGAAUGGACAAAGUCUUUCAUUUUUAGUCACUACUGGUAAUGGUCAUAGUAUUGUGUCAUUUAAUGUUGCCCCACCUAGUUGGUCCUUUGGACAAACCUACACUGGAAGACAGUUCCUCUACUAA